AUGCGUAGAUCGCCGGCCCCCCAGAACAAUGGGAAGCCACCGAAGUUUUCGACAGCUGCUCUCCUGGGAGCCCCUAGGACGAAGUUUAUCCAAAAUAACAUCAUAGGAGUCAACCCUAAUACCACCCCGCAGAAGCCACCUCGGCAGCAGUUUUGGGCCGCUAAAUUCCAGGAAGUCAGUAGGCCGAAGACAGUUAUCAACAACAACAACAACGUAUUCGUCCCCCCGAAGGCCGAAGGGGCGGAAUUCUCGUAA